UAAAAUUCCCCCAAAUCACCGGGGAAACGGGAAACCCCGAUUCAAAUUCAAACUCAAAAUUCGAAUGGCUACUCUCCUCUUCUCCUUGGCCCCGUCCCCUCGUCUCCUCCUCCCACUCCGCCGCCUCGAUCCCAAACCCCUACUCCGCCCAAAACCCCUCCUCCUCCUCUCCACGGCCAUGGGUUCCCCGGCGAGGGCUCAGCCUUCCUCGUGGCGCAGCGCGGGGCGGCCGCCGCCGCAGCAGCAGUGGUCCUGCGCCACCUGCACGCUCGACAACCCCGGCCACUCCCGCGCCUGCGACGCCUGCGGCAACUCGCGACCCGUGGAGGUCGACGGCGACGCCGUCGCCAAAGCCCAGACCCCAACUCUCCCGACCAUGUCGACCCCUCCGGCGAGGGCCUCGACUUCUUCGGGUUGCGGGGCGGGCCGGCCGCCGACUGAGCGGAAGUGGUCCUGCGCCGCCUGCACGCUCGACAACCCCGGCCACUCCCGCGCCUGCGAGGCGUGCGGCAACUCUCGCCCCAUGGAGGUAGUCGCCGUCGACGACGACGACGAGGACGCCCUGGACCUGGGCGCCCUCGCCGGCGCCUCGUUCCUCCCGCUCCAGCGGCGCUCCAUGAAGAGGGAGCGCGCGGCGUCGCCGGAGGUCGUGGGAGUGUGCGCCGACGAGGGAGACGGCGCCAAGGGCGGGGAGGAUAAGCCCGCCAAGAAGAAAGCAUGUGCUGAGAUUAUUUUGGAUAAGAAGACCUUCAAAAUCAUGACAUACAAUGUCUGGUUUCAUGAGGAUUUGGAAUUGUGUAGAAGGAUGGAUGCUCUUGGGGAUCUUAUUAAGAACCACAACCCUGACCUUAUAUGCUUCCAGGAGGUUACACCAAACAUAUAUCUGCUUCUACAAAAAUCUGACUGGUGGCAAGAAUACCGAUGCUCGCUGUCGAAUAGCAUGGCUAUGCAGCGGAAAUAUUACUGCAUGCAGAUGAGCAAAUUGCCUGUUGAGUCUUUUGACUGCACUCCAUUUUCCAACUCAAUAAUGGGAAGAGAACUGUGUGUAGCACAUGUCAAAACUGGAGGUGCAGUUAAGCUAGUGCUGGCCACUAGCCACCUUGAGAGUCCAAUGCCUGGGCCUCCUACUUGGGAUCAGAUGUACAGCACGGAACGAGUUGCUCAGGCAAACAAAUCUCUCAAAAUUUUGGGAUCCUUCCGCAAUGUAAUAUUUUGUGGCGAUAUGAACUGGGAUGACAAAGGAGAUGGGCCCUUCCCCCUACCAGCUGGCUGGACCGAUGCUUGGAUUGAGUUGAAGCCGGGUGAAGAUGGCUGGACUUAUGACACAAAAGCUAACAGUAUGCUAUCAGCCAACCGUAAGUUACAGAAGAGAUUGGACCGAUUCGUGUGCAAGCUGGCAGAUUUCAAGAUUAACAACAUCCAGAUGAUCGGGAAGAAUGCGAUACCUGGUCUCUCAUAUGUCAAGGAGAAGAAGGUCCGCAAGGAAGUUCGCAAACUGGAACUUCCUGUCUUACCCAGUGACCACUUUGGACUUGUUUUGAGCAUUACUCUUGAAAGCUGAAAAAUAUCUGAUUACAGUGGUCCUACAUUUCUUUGAUGUAGGUACAUCUUUUGUGUAAUAGCACAACUCUUUCAGUUGAUCUUAAUAUGACUCAAAGGUAAAAUGUAGGCCUCUGCCAAUUUGGAUGCCUCUAAUUUUGUGAAGUUUAAGCAGAGGCGUCCGUUGGCUAUAUAGAAAUGCCAACUGAAUUUAUACCCAUGUUGGCUUGCUUAUUGCUGCUUAUCACUGCAUAAAUGUUCUUUCGUGUUCCUGAGUUGA